AUUUAUGAGGGUGCUCCGGAGAAUUAACGGGAAGUGGAAAUCGAUUAGAGAAAUGGACACGCAAAUGUAAUAUAUAAAGUAGUAAUACAUUUCAAUGAAUGCAAAUAUUGAUAACUCUCUAUUCAAAUAUACAUUUA